CCCUGAGCGCCUGCUGAUCCAGCUCGCAGUGACACAGCUGUGUGGGUUCUUCCACACCCCGGACCAACAUAUCCAGGCCGAGAAAACCCCCAGGGUAGACACAGCUCUGCCGACAAAGUGGUUCUGUCGGCCCGGCUGUCAAGAGAAGUGAUGUUCCUGCACCGGAAGAAAUACUCCUGCUACGUCUACCCUAAAGGUCUAAGCGUGCAUAAGCUCUGCAGAGUACACAUGGCUGCAGGAAAACAGCAACCAGAUCUCCUGUCCACAGUGGGGAAGGAGAGUGAAAGGGCUGGAAAAUAACAUCCAGGUUUCAUUCCACGUUUUCCCACUCUCCCUGGGGAUAGUGAAGUGAAAUGUCUGCAGUGUAACAGGCACAGUGCUGGGAUGAAGAGGAAAUUAUCUGUCAAGAAGCUAGAAUUCCCUCAUGUUGGAUGCAACACUUUUUGAGAUUUCCCAUUCCCAAACUUGUUGUGAUCUCCCAGGGAGGAGACAUGGGUCCAAGAUCUCCAGGACUCUGAGGAGAGGGAGAUCCAGAGAAACUGCCACACAGGUGAUGGGAUGGUGAGUGAGAACAAGGAGGAGCAUCCUCAUCAGGGAGGUCCUGAGCAAAUGGAAGCACAGAGAACACUAUCGGGAAGAUCUGAAGGGGAUGUUUCCUGGAGUUCUGAGCAGGGCAAAGCCUGCGAAAAUCAGCACAGGCCAGAGGUGCAGCAGGGAACCUCCUCAGGAGAGAGACAACAGGGUAAAUCCAGUGACCAAGGGGUUAGUUUGAAGGACCUUCCUGAAGACAUGAUCCAGCCAGGAAUCUGCACUAAAGGGAAACCAUAUGAAUGUGCUGAGUGCAGAAAAAUCUUCAGUAAUGACUCAUCCCUGAUUGUUCAUCGGCGAGUCCACACAGGAGAGAGACCCUAUAACUGCUCGGAGUGUGGGAAAUCCUUCACUCGGAGCUCCACCCUUGUUGUGCAUCAGAGAGUGCACACAGAAGAGAAACCCUAUAAAUGCCCCGACUGCGGGAAAAGCUUCAAGCGGAGCUCAACCCUUAUUUCACACCAAAAAAUCCACACAGGAGAGAGACCUUAUAACUGCCUGGAAUGUGGGAAAGGCUUCAGUGAACGCUCAAACCUAAACAAACAUCAGCGAAUCCACACGGGAGAGAAACCCUAUAACUGCCUUGAGUGCGGGAAAAGUUUCACUUGGAGUUCACACCUCAUUAAACAUCAGAGAAUGCACACUGGAAAGAUGCCAUAUAAUUGUCCUGACUGUGGGAAAGGCUUCAGUGACAGCUCAGCUGUUAUUAGACAUCAGAGGAUCCAUACUGGAGAGAGGCCCUAUAAAUGCCUUGAGUGUGGGAAGAGCUUCAAGCAGAGCUCAAACCUUAUGAAUCAUCAGAUAAUCCACACAGGAGAAAAACCCUAUUACUGCCCUGAGUGUGGGAAGGGGUUCAGUCGGAAGGCUCACGUCAUUUCACACCGGAAAAUACACAGGCCAGAGAGAUCAUUUAACUGCCUUGAGUGUGGGGAAAACUUCUCUAGCAGCUCUGACCUCAUUAAACAUCAGAAAACCCACACUGGAAAGACACCCUAUAAAUGUUCUGUCUGUCAGAAAAGCUUCAAGCAGAAAUCAGAACUUAUUUCACAUCAGAGAGCCCACACAAAGAGAAACUAUAAAUGUUCUGUCUGUGGGAAAAGCUACAAGGUGAAGGUCUCUCUAAUGUCCCACCAGAAACUCCACACAGGCUAGCAGUUUGCAGGAGCUCUCACUAUGGGACAAUGGGUCUGUGCCCUCGUGAAGCAAAGAGUGAAUGUCCUUCAUAGGUGGAGGGUCUGUGUAGAAGCAGCAAGUGGAUGAAAGGUUCCAGUUUCAGUGGGGGAUAGUUGGCAGCGGCAGAAGAGGAGGAAGCACUGGGGAGCUGGGUGAUUUCAGGGUCUGAGGGGAGCAGGCGAUGGGAUUAGUGGAGGACAUUUCUGUGGGAUUUACCUGCACUUUCCAAUUUAGAAGGGAGGUAAAAAUGCCCCAUUGCAGUUUGUGCCUGAGUUGUCUCUGCAGCUCCUAGGGCAUCUCGGGGCAGGGACAGGGGAAUGUUAUUCAGGGAAGCAGCAAGGGGCCCUUUGGGGCUGUAGUUACAAAGCAGGAAGAGCUGCCAAUCUGAACUAACAGGAUGUCGGAGCACUGCUCAGUGUAUUGGAAUCUAUGCAGUCAUGAGUGAUGGGGGCUGCUGGAUACUGGGGAAUUCAUGGUGGAGAUUCCCCAGAGAGGUGGGAACUCUGGGGGAUGCCCUUUUAGGAGUGUGGUCUAGUGGUUAGAGGGGAGAGUGGGGGAAAUGAGUUAGGACUCCUGGGUGUGAGUUAGUGCCAGUCACUUCCCGUCCUUUCUCUGUGUCCAUUUCUCCCAUUUCUACUGUGGAGAUAAUAGUUGUCCAACUCCAUGGAGAGUUGUAAGGGGCCGGUAAUUACUGUGUGUUCUGUAGCUCAGGAGACUGCAAGUACUUGGGAGGGAAAACAUCAUUAUUUUUAUUAUUGUUAUUACUGUGUUUUGUAGAAUCACAGAAAUGCAGGGUUGGAUCAUAGGUGCUGGAACUGGGGGUGCUGCCAAACACCCUGGCUUGAAGUGGUUUCUGUUAUAUAAAAGGUUUAUAGUUUUAGUUCAGUGGCUCGCAGCACCGCCUCUAUAAAAAUUGUUCCAGCACCCCUGGGUUGGAAGGAACCUCGAGAGGCCAUCAAGUCCAAUUCCCUGCACUGAGGCAGGACCAAGUAAACCUAGACCACCCUUGUCAGGUGUUUGUCUAACCUCUUCUUAAAAACCUCCAAUGAUGGGGAUUCCACGGCCUCCCCUGGAGGUCUAUUCCAGAGCUUAUCUACCCGAAUAGUUAGAAAGCAAAUGAUUUUUUCUUUCCUAAGCGUACCAUUUUGCACUUGUCUUUACUGACUUGAUUUCAGACCAAUUCUCCAAUUUGUCAAGGUCGUUUUGAAUUCUGAUCCUGUCCUCGAAAGUGCUAGAAAUUCCUCCCAUCUUGGAGUCAUCAGCAAAUGUUGUAAGCCUAUUCUCCACUCUAUUAUCCUAGUGAUUAAUGAUCGUAUUGAAUAGUACCAGAUUCAUGAUUGACCCCAGAGGAGCCCCAUUAUCUAUGUCCCUGUAGUUUAAAAAUGAACCAUUGCUAACUACUCUUUGAGUAUGAACUUUCCAGCAGUUUUGUACUCACCUUAUAGUAAUUUGAUCUAGACCACAUUUCUCUAGUUUUUCUGAGAUUGUCAUAGGGGACUGUUAAAAGCCUUACUAAAAUCAAGAUCUAUCUGCUGCGUUCCCCAUGGCCACUACACCAGUAACCCUGUCAAAGAAGGAAAUUAGAUUGGUUUGGCGUGCUUCAUUCUUGACAAAGCCAUGUUGGUUACUUCUUAUAAUCCUAUUACCCUGCAGGUACUUACAAACUGAUUAACAAUUUGUUCCAGUAUCUUUCCAGGUGUUGAAGUGAGGGUGACCAGUCUAUAGUUCUCCAGGUCUCUUUGUUUCCCUUUUUAAAGACAGCUACAGUGUUUUCCCUACUCCAGUGCUCUGGGACCUCUCCCGUCCUCUGAGUUCUCAUAGAUAAUCGCUAAUGAUUCAGAGACUGGUUCAACUAGUUACUUAAGUACCUUAGUCUAGAGUCAAUUUUUGUCAGGCCAUGCCGAUUUCAGUACAUCUUACCUCUGUAUCUGUUCUUUAACCUGUUAUUUCUCUGUUCUGGCUUGAAUUCCUUCCCCCUUCCUGUUCAUAUUAAUUAUGUUAAGUAUCUGGUCAGACUAGUGAAUACUGAUGCAAAGUAGGCAUUAAACACCUCAGCCUUUUUGUCAGGGCCGGUGCAAGGAUGUUUUGCGCCCUAGGCGAAAUUUUCACCUUGCCCUCCUCCCCGCCCUGAGGCGCUUCCCCUCCUGCGGCAGCU